AUGGAAAUCAAAUUUCACCAAAUUAAAAUUUCUUCUUCUUCUUCUUCUUCUUCUUCUUCUUCUUCCGUUUCCCUCUAUUUUUUCUUUUACUUCAACAAGUAUUCCUUCAUCAUUUCUUCUUCUUCUCUCUUUCCUUUACUUCAAUCAUUUCUUCUUCAUCAUCAUCAUCAUCAUCAUUUUCACAGUCUUAUCCAACUUUUUUGUUGUCUUCUUCUUCUUCGCUAUGAUCAUAUUCUCUGUCUUUUUCUUUACUUAUAUGUUUUUGUCUACAACCAUUCUUUUACUUCUUCGGCUUGUUGUUGUUGUUCUUCUACUUCUUCGGCAUCAUCUUCUCUCUCCUGUUUUUUUCUUCUUCUUUUUCUUCUUCAUCACCAUCAUCUUAUUCUCACACUUUUUUUCUUGCGUCUUUCUUUUCUUCUGCAUUUUAUUGAUGUUGUUGUCUGCAUCAUUUUCUUUGCUUUCUUCUUUUUUUCCCUCUUCGCCACCAUCAUCAUAUUCUUACUCUUUUUUGUUUACCGCUUUAUUUUGUUGUUGUUGUUGUUGUUCUUCUUCUUCUUCUUCUUCUUCUUCUUCGAUCGAAAACCGGUCAAAUGUGUCUCAUUUUCUUUUCUUUUUGACAAUUAUUGUGACAGGAUCGAAAACCGGUCAAAUGUGUCUCAUUUUCUUUUCUUUUUGACAAUUAUUGUGACAGGAUCGAAAACCGGUCAAAUGUGUCUCAUUUUCUUUUCUUUUGACAAUUAUUGUGACAGGAUCGAAAUCGGUCAAAUGUGUCUCAUUUUCUUUUCUUUUGACAAUUAUCGUGACAGGAUCAAAACCGGUCAAAUUUGUCUUAUUUUCUUUUCUUUUUUAACAAUUAUUGUGACAGGAUCGAAAACCGGUCAAAUGUGUCUUAUUUUCUUUUCUUUUGACAAUUAUUGUGAUAGGAUCGAAAACCGGUCAAAUGUGUCUUACUUUCUUUUCUUUUGA